GAGAACUCUCCACUCCCUGCCACUUGUUUAGUCCCUUGUCCCUCGGCCCAUCCCACACAUCCACCUUCUCCUUCCUCUGUCUCCUCUGUGUUUUGUCUGGCCAGUACAAUGACUGUAGGGAACAUGGAGAGUGUUGAGCUGUUUGAUGCAGGGAAGAAAGGUCGAGGUCUGAGGGCCACCAAAGACCUCAGCAUUGGAGAAGUGGUCUUCGCUGAGCCCAGUUUCUCUGCUGUGGUCUUCGACAGUGUUGUCACUCAGGUGUGCCACAGCUGUUUCCGACAACAGGCCAAACUGCUCCGCUGUGCCCAGUGUAAGUUUGCCCACUACUGUGACCGCACCUGCCAAACUGCAUGCUGGGAUGAACACAAGCAGGAGUGUCGAGCCAUUAAGAACCUCGGGAAGGUGCCCAGCGAGAAUGUUCGUCUGGCUGCUCGUGUGAUGUGGCGUAUACACAAGGACACAGGAGUUGUGUCAGACAGCCAGCUGGUCUCAGUAGACCAGCUGGUGGACCACGUGGCUGACCUGCCCGAAGAAGACCUCAAGCAGCUCAAGGCUGAUGUGCACAGCUUUCAGGGAUACUGGUCUUAUGGAAGAAAGAAGCACUCAGUUGAUGACAUCUCACAUAUCUUUGGCAUUAUCAAGUGUAAUGGAUUCACACUGAGUGACCAGAGAGGACUACAGGCUGUUGGUGUGGGUCUUUUUCCUAACCUUUGUCUAGUCAACCAUGACUGCUGGCCCAACUGCACUGUCAUCCUCAAUCAUGGCAAUCAGUCAGCUGUAAAUUCUACUCUCCACUCUCAGAGAAGGAUCGAGCUGCGAGCUUUGGGGAAAAUCCCAGAGGGUGAGGAGCUGACUGUCAGCUACGUGGACUUCCUCAACGUGUCUGCUGACCGCAGGAAGAAGCUAAAGGAGCAUUUCUACUUUGAGUGCACCUGCGAACACUGUAGCCAGCACAUUAAGGAUGACCUCAUGAUGGCUGCCAUGGAGAGCGCGGGGAACAAACCUUCUGCUGAUAAAGUGAAAGAGGUGACUGCCUUCAGUAAAGAGUGCCUGGAGAAGAUCGAAAGGUCCCGGAUUGAGAAGGAUUACCAUGAGGUGUUGAAGUUGUGUCAUGAGUGUCUAGAGAAACAGGAGAACAUCCUGGCUGACACUCACCUGUAUAAGAUGCGCGUGCUCAGUGUUGCUAGUGAGGUGCUUUCAUACAUGCAGUGUUUCUCUGAGGCUGCAGACUACGCACACAGGAUGGUGGAAGGAUACAUGAAGUUGUACCACCCCAACAAUGCCCAGUUGGGCAUGGCCAUCAUGCGGGCAGGUGUCACCCACUGGCAUGCAGGUCAGAUAGAGGUGGGUCACAGCUUGAUCUGCAAGGCCUACGGCAUCCUCAUGGUCACCCAUGGACCCAACCACGCCAUCACCAGAGACCUGGAGUCCAUGCGCAGGCAGACUGAGAUGGAGCUGAAGAUGUUUAAGCAGAAUGAGCAAGCGUACCAUGCCAUGAGGGAUGCUGCUCUGAAGAAAUGAAAAGAUCAGAUGUCUCUUCCACAAGCAAUUAUCACCUUCACCACCGAAGACUGAAAACCUGCUGAUGUUCUGAUGCAUGUCUAAUGUGUACUGUAUGUCUUCUAAAGCACUGCGCCCAGUCCCUGUGCUGAGUCUCCGAAUCACCAGUAUGCCUGAUGAUACACUGUUUUGGUAAAAUCAUUGUGUUGCAAGUAUCUUCAUGUGAAUUAUCCACAAUAAAAGUUGAGAUACA